AUGUAUUUCUCUUUCAUUAGUUUUCAAGCACUAUCAAGAACUUGUUUCUCCUAUUUACUCAUCUCCUUGGUUUUCAUCAAUGGCUAUCAAGCUGAGAUUAGGAGUAGAGAUAACAAAGUUAUACCUAUAGGUGCAAUGAUCGAUGUUAACUCUCGUGUUGGGAAAGAACAAAGAAUAGCCAUGGAUAUAGCGGCUCAAAAUUACAAUAACAAUUCAAAUACCUACAAGCUUGCUCUCCAUUUUCAAGAAACUACCAAGAAUUCCUUCAGAGCCAUUGAAGCUGAAGAGAUGAUCAAAAAGAAGGUGGAAGUGAUUGUAGGAAUGCAAACAUGGACAGAAGCAGCUUCAGUAGCUGAAGUACUACACGAAGCUGAAGUUGAAGUUCCUAUCAUAUCCUUUGUAGCACCUACAGUUACUCCACCGUUGGUGUCGAUUCGAUGGCCGUCUAUGGUGAGACUAGCUAACAAUGGAACAGCAUAUGUAAAAUGCAUAGCAGAUUUGGUUCAUGUUUAUGAUUGGCAUAGUGUAGUUGCCAUCUAUGAAGAUGAUGCCUAUGGUGGUGAUUCCGGGAUGCUAGCACUUCUAUCCGAGGCACUCCAAAAGAUUGAUUCGACGAUUGAAUAUCGUUUAGCUUUGCCAUCACUUAGUUAUCAGCGUGAUCCAGGAAUGUUUAUUCGUGACGAGCUGUUUAAGAUAACCGAAAACACACAGUCUCGAGUAUUCAUUGUAUUGCAAUCGUCAUUAGAAAUGGCGAUUCAUUUGUUUAAGGAAGCUUCACAGAUGGGACUAGUGGAUGGAGAUUCGGCUUGGAUAAUCUCAGAGAGCGUAACGAAUUUGCUGGAUUCUGUCAAUAAGUCUAGUAUUUCUUAUAUGCAAGGAGCUUUAGGAAUCAAGAAUUACUACUCAGAAAACAGCAAUGAGUAUAAAGAUUUUGAAGCUCAGUUUAGACAAGCUUUUCGGGACAAGAAUCCAGACGAAGAUAACCGCGACCCGAGUUAUUAUGCUUUACAAGCAUAUGACAGCAUUCAAAUGGUUGGACAUGCAAUAGACAGAAUGGCCAGUGGCAAUGGUAAUCACAAAAAGACUUUGCUGCAAGAAAUAGUCUCGAGCGAUUUUCUUGGUUUAAGCGGAAAAAUUCAAUUUGAAUCAGAACAGCUUUUGCGAAAUCCUACUUUGAGGAUUGUAAAUGUAGAUGGGAAGAGUUACAGAGAAUUAGACUAUUGGACUAUAGAAAAUGGAUUCUUCACCAACAUUUCCACAGGAGUAGGUAAAAACGGCAGUUCUAGGAACGCAGAAAGUUUAAGCAGUGUAGUAAUUUGGCCUGGAAAGUUGCAAAGAGUUCCAAAGGGAUGGAACCUUCCUACUAAACAAAAACCAAUGAGAAUCGCAGUCCCUGGUAGAACUUCAUUUUCCAAAUUCGUCAAGGUCGAUUAUGAUGAGCAAGGAAAUCCAAAAUAUAGUGGAUUUUGCAUUGAAAUUUUCGAUAAGGUUUUGGAGCUUUUGGGUUAUGAUCUUCCACAUGAAUAUUAUCCCAUCAAUGGAACCUAUCCUGAUCUCGUUCAACUUGUUUAUAACAAGACUUAUGACGGUGUUGUUGGCGACAUGACUAUCCUGGCAGAAAGAUUGCAAUAUGUAGAUUUUACAGUACCGUAUGCAGAAUCAGGAUUGUCGAUGAUAGUUACAGAAAAGUCCCAAGAAUCAGCAUGGAUGUUUAUGAAGCCCUUCACAUGGCAACUGUGGGUGGCAACUGGUGCCAUCUUGAUUUAUACAAUGUUAGUAGUGUGGUACCUGGAGAAAGAUGAUAAUCAAGAGUUUCAAGGCACUUGGAAAAAGCAAAUCAGCACUUCUUUUUGGUUUACUUUCUCCUCGCUAUUCUUUGCUCAUAGGGAGAAAAUGCAUAGCAAUUUAUCUCGGGUAGUGAUGGUAUCGUGGCUGUUUCUAGUUUUGAUUCUUAAUUCGAGUUACACUGCGAGUCUGUCUUCAAUGCUCACAGUUCAACAACUGCAAACAAAUGUCACUGACAUCGAGUGGCUGAAGAAGAACAACAUGAAAAUUGGUUGUGAUGGAGAUUCAUUUGUUAGGACAUACCUUGAGCAAGUCGAAAAAUUCAAGCCAGGGAACAUCAUAAAUAUUAGUAAUGAAAACUAUUAUGACCCUGUAUUCAGAAACUACUCAAUUGCUGCUGCAUUUCUCGAACUCCCUUAUGAGAAAGUAUACAUCAGUAAAUACUGCAAGGGGUACUCGGCUUCUACGCCUACCACAAGAUUCGGAGGACUUGGAUUUAUGUUCCAGAAAGGCUCUCCCUUGGUUAGAGAUGCUUCUAGAGCUAUUUUGCAGCUAUUAGAGAAGGGGGAAAUGAAGAAACUAGAAGAUAUAUGGUUGAAUCCGGACACAUGCUCCAAGAAUUUGAACUCCGAGAAUACAGAAAGUCUGAAGCUUGGAAGUCUGUGGAUUCUCUAUGUGAUUUCUGGUGCCACUUCUACUAUUUGUUUUAUAGUUUCUGCCAUCUAUUCUCUAAAAUCUAAUAAAACACCAAAUGAUGACUCACAAGUUAAUGACUCCAGAAGUUAUGUGAGAAGAUGGAAAAGUGUGGCUAAAUUAACUAGUAAGAUUUAUAGCAGAAAGCAUAGUAAAGCAAACAAGGUGAAGGAAGAUGUUACUGAUUGUCCUUCCAUUACCCCUGAGCAUCAGCAGGAAAUGGCUCUUCAAUUACCGGAAAUCAUAACAGUCUCUUCCCCACCAACACAGUAG